AUGGCGGACCUUCUCAAGCGUCUGCACCCACCCCAGGCCCAGUACCGGGAUCGCCGCUUCAACGGCACUCAGGAGGAGUUUGAGGAGGUGCUGCGCCAAAGCACCACGGUGUACGUCGGUAACCUGUCGUUCUUCACCACCGAGGAGCAAAUAUACGAGGUUUUCAGCAAGACGGGGGACAUCAAGCGCAUCAUCAUGGGCCUGGACCGUCAGAAGAUGACCCCCUGCGGCUUCUGCUUCGUCAUCUACUACAUCCGCGCCGACGCGGAGGACUGCAUCAAGUACCUGAACGGGACCAUGCUGGACGACCGGCCCAUCCGCAUCGACUUUGACUGGGGCUUCCGGGACGGCCGUCAGUUUGGCCGGGGGCGCAGCGGGGGGCAGGUGCGGGACGAGUACCGCAUGGACUACGACUCCGGGCGGGGCGGGUACGGCACGGUGCUGCGUGGCGAGCUGAGCGCCCGGCAGCAGAUGCUGAGCAUGCUCAGCGGCGGCAUGCCCGGCACGGAGGGCGGGGACCAGUUGCACCCCCGCCUGGCCGCCAGGGGGCCCGAGGACGACGACUACUGA